AUGGAGCAUUCAUCGACAUCGGAUCUGCCCGUCGGCUACCAGCCAUACACGAACUGCAAGACUCGAGUUGUUGAUCUUCGCACUUUGAGCCUCCCGGAGUCGGCCGAAGACGAAAUUUACCGCGAUGUUUACAACAAAGCUAUCGCCCAAGGUGGUGACUAUGCGCGGAGCUUGCAAUCUGCCAUUGAGAGUGUCAAGUAUGGUCUUGCUCCACCAGUUGCCUUUCCGACGGAAACGGUGUACGGGCUAGGACACUCUGCAAUCAGCACCCCAUGUGUCACUUCAAUCUUCGCUACCAAGGGCCGGCCGUCCGAUAAUCCUCUCAUUGUUCACGCGAGUUCAGUUGCCCACCUCGAACGCAUGAUACAGGGUCCGCUGCCCACCGUGUACGCUCCAUUAGUCAAGAAGUUCUGGCCCGGUCCACUUACUAUUCUUCUUCCUGUUCCGGCUAUGUCCUCCUUCAGCCCAAAGGUGCAUCCGGAGCAGGACACAAUUGCGUUCCGCAUUCCGAGCAACAAGUAUGCGAGGUUUUUCAUCGCAGCUACCGAUACACCGCUCGCGGGCCCAAGUGCUAACAGUUCGGGAAAGCCGAGCCCUACGACCGCACAGCAUGUGUAUGAUGAUUUGCAUGGGAAGAUCAAUUUUAUCCUCGAUGGUGGACCAUGUGAUGUGGGCGUUGAGAGCACAGUUGUCGAUGGACUGCAUGAUCCGCCACUCAUCUUGCGGCCGGGGGGUAUCAGUCUCUCGCAGUUAAGAGCAUUAGGAGGUGUCUGGACGAAGACAGCGAUCGGGUACAAGAGACACAGCUCUGCCAAUUCCGGCACACCAACGCCCAUUGGUACCGGGGCUACCACCCCUCAGGAAGAUGAGGAUAUGCACGUGGUGGAUAUCAACGGGGCGCCACGUGCACCUGGCAUGAAGUAUCGGCACUAUGCUCCAAAAGGACGUUUGAUCCUUUUCUCAUGCGAGGCUGUUGCGCAAGGUCGCGUUUCCGAGAAGAUGAAAGAGCUCUGCGCCUUACAUCCCAGCCAGCACACCAAUAUUGGCAUCAUCACGCGACGCUGGGGACGCUUUGCUGGGCUUGCGGAACCGACGGCAUCAGGAGCCACAAGCAACGGCGAAGAUCCCGUACCAGGCUCUCACACUACUCUGGGAACUGAAGUGGAUGUGGCAACUCUCAUGACCAACACUGGCCACAGUAUUUUUCUUCAUGAAGCAAAUCUCGGGCCUGAUAUCGGCAGGCUUGCUCACGAGCUUUUCUAUGUGCUGCGGAAAUUCGACGACCUGGGUUGUAAUUACAUAUUCGCUGAGGCGGUAGAUGCUACAGAAGAGGGUGCAGAUGGCACGGUGGUUGACGCUGUCAUUGAUCGCAUCGAGAAGGCUAGCAGCGAAAGAGUAUGGUAG